AUGUCGCAAUACUACGGCGCACCGCCAAACCAGGGAGGCUACGCCCCUCCCAACGCCCAGAACCUGCAGUUCUACCCCUCCUCAUACACACAGCCCGUGUCCGGCCACGCGACACCCUCACAAGCAGCAUACGGCUACGGCGGGCCCUCUUCGUCUGGCGGUGGCGGCUAUGGCGUAGGAACCGGCGGCGUUGGCGGCUUCUCCUCGGGCUUCGGCGGCGGCGCGGCUGGCGUCGGUGUUUCGGGUCGCAUGGGCGAGCAGGGAGGACUGAGGACCGGAUGGCUGGCGGCCUUUUCGACGGAAGGGUACGAGGGCGAGCCUCCGCUGUUGGAGGAGCUGGGUACCCUAGCAGUCCUCAACCCCUUCGGCCGCAUCGACCAACAUCUAAUGGACGACUCGGACAUGGCCGGCCCCGUCCUCUUCUUCUUCCUCAUGGGCACCUUUCUGCUCCUGUCCGGCCGCGUCCACUUCGGCUACAUCUACGGCCUGGCCCUCUUCGGUUCCAUCAGCUUGCACGUCAUCCUCUCGCUAAUGGCCCCCUCCUCCUCCUCUGGUGGCCCCUCGGGCCCCGGUGCCGUCCCCGGCGGCGUCCCAGGGGGCCCACAAGCAGGCGGCUACUCGGCCUACCCUGGCCCCUCCGCAACCUCGGUCUCCUCCUCAUCCAUGUCCGCCGCCGACCACGACCACAACACCGGUCCUUCCACUUUAACUUUCGCCCGCUCCGCUUCUGUCUUGGGGUACUGUCUCCUGCCCCUGGUGAUGACCAGUCUUGUCGGGAUCGCGAUGCCCAUGGAUACUCCCCUGGGAAUCGUCUUGACGAGCAUGGCUAUUCUGUGGUCGACGUAUUCAGCUAGCGGCAUCUUUUGCACCGUGUCGAGGAUGAGGAGCAUGCGCGCGCUGGUGGCGUACCCGCUUGCCCUGUUUUAUGUGGGGUUCGGCAUCAUGAGCGUGUUUAGUAGCAAGGGGAGCGGGUCGCUUGCUGGUGCUAAGAUUGCUCCGGCUUCGGCAUUGUGA